UACAAUAUAGAGCAACUGUGCGCACAUCUUAGUGAUUAGCAUGGAGGCCAAGCUUGUAGUCAUCCUUGUGGCCUGCUUGUUGAUUUCCUUUAGCAAUGGAGGAGAUGCACAGUGCACGGUGAAAGACCUCGUCGUCGCCCAGACCACGGCGCCGACGCAGCCCGGAGAGACGUACCCGAAGCAUGUGGUGACGGUGAAGAACACUUGCGUUUGCAUGCAGCUCAGCGUGAAGAUGGACUGCGCGGGGUUCGACUCCUCAGUCGACGUCGUCCCUGCUGACACGAUCACGCCGGACGGCGACAAUGCGCUCUGCACCCUCAAUGGCGGUCGUCCGGUGUAUGGAAACGGCACGGUCACGUUCAGCUACGCGUGGAGCACAGACAUCAGCUUCCGGCCCGUCUCGUCGUACAUGGAAUGUUCCGUAGCACCAUAAUGUUUAAGGACUCAUUUUACAAAAAAAUGUUUAAGGACUCUAAAAACCAUGGAAAAGUAUACAGCUGGUAGUGGAAAGAACGAAGCGCAGGAAAUAAAUGGAGUAUACUU